AUGAAGUUCUUGAAUAUUCUCUCUAUGGCCGUGUUUGCCGCUUUUGCGGUAGCAGCACCCUUACAAGCCAAUACUCGAGGUGUAGAACAAGUCGAAAAAAGACAACUAACGGCCAUGGGAUGUGGAAAGAGUCUUACGGGUAUGGGACGUGGAAAGAUUAGAUGGAACGUGGAAAGCUUGUAA